CAGGCACCCAUCGGAACCAACCCGCGCCCCCUCUUCUUGCGGCGGCGCCGUCAUCCACCGCCACCGCUCUCCGCUAGACACGGCGGGCCCGGAUCGUUGGGACCCGAAUCCUGCCGCCGCAGCACCGAUCUGCCUGGAUCCGCUUGCCGGACGCUGGGAGGUUAGCCGUUGUCCUCGCUGCCUCCUCCGCCGGCGGCAGGUACUCGCAAGACAGGCCGCGCCCAGAAAACAGGGCCUUUCUUCUCCGUAGCACGAAACGUUAGAUCCCAAACAAAGAGGAAACAGUCCCCUGUGUUCCCCAUCCAAUCUUCACCAUGGAAACCGCCACCAAAAAUGUCACCAAUGUAGUGCGCUCCAUAAAGCUGCUCAAGGUGGACGGCUACUGUGCCACCAAGACCAUGGGCAACGACGACUGCAUCAAGUCCACCUACAGCAUUGGUGGGUACGAGUGGGAGAUCUGCACCUAUCCCGCGAUGAUGCCGCGCGCACGCGACGGCAUCCCGUGGGUGGCGGUGAAGCUCGUGUUCCUCAGCGAGACCUGCCCGUCCAUCGUGAGGGCGAACCUGAGCUGUCGUCUGGUUGAUCCGAGAAGCGUGCUUCGACCGUCUGAAGAAAAGAGUGUGUCAUGUAUCUUCAACCGUUCAUGGGUAUCCCGCUGUCUGCAGAUGUGCUCGCCUUUCGUCAGUGAAGAUUGUUCGCUUCCCGUUCGUCUCAUGUCGACGGGGAGCCUGGCAGCAUCCGGUUAUCUCAGGAAUGAUUCUUUUACCGUGUUAUGUGUUAUUACGGUGCUGAAGGAGGAUUUGACAGCUCGAACAGCAACAGUGCCGGGUAAAGAAGUACCUGGAUCAUCACCUGGCCUGCAGAAACACCUUGCUGAGCUCCUGCAUAGUGGGUUGGAAGCAGAUGUCACAUUUCUCGUGUCCGGCAAGUCUUUUGCUGCGCACAAGGUGAUCCUCGCUGCAAGGUCACCUGUACUGAUGGCCGAGUUCUUUGGCCACAUGAAGGAGACGAGCUCUCAGCGCGUCGAGAUCAAGGACAUUGAUGCGGUGGUAUUCAAGUCGUUGCUUUACUUCAUCUACACUGACUCUGUGCUGGAAUUUGAUCUGCAGCAUGAGGCGGUCACGAUGUUGGCUCAGCAUUUACUUGCAGCUGCUGACAAAUAUGGACUGGACAGGCUCAAGGAGAUCUGUGAAGGCAAGCUAUCUGAUGGCAUCAGUGUCGACACGGCAGCGACAACUCUGGCUUUAGCUGAGCAGCAUAACUGCCCCAAACUCAAGGUGAAGUGCGUUGAAUUCAUAGUUAGUACUCCUGAGAUUCUUGAUGCUGUGUUGGCGACGGAUGGAUAUAAGCAUCUGGAGGCAAGCUGUCCUAUGGUGUUGCCUGAGCUUCUUAAGUCUGCGCGGGGCAGAAAGAGUUGAAGGGUAGCCAUAAUAGUGCUAAUGGUCCAAGAUUUUAUCAUGCCUGUAGUCUCUGUUUAUGGUUGCCAUGCAUGUGUGGACUAGUAAGAACCCUGUGUCUGUAUUCACCUCAAAUUGAAAAACGUAUGCUCAUCUACUUAUGUUAUGACCAACUUAUUGCUUGCA